CUUAACAUCAUGAUGGAAUUUCUCAGAAGCAUCAUUCAUAUUAAACCGAAGACGCCGAUUUCCCCAGAAGUUAGGGAUAUUAUCACUAGCAAGAAACACCAGUACUGCCGAUUUGCCGAUACUAAUCAGUGGCAAGAUAUGUUUAAGGUCGCGCUACCAGAAGCUACCUUCAGAUUUACCAAGGCAGAUGGUACUUUCAUCAAUGAAGAUGGACAGGACUACAACUUCUCAUCGACAGCUGAAUUCAUCAAAUGUCUAGGAGGAAGGAAUAUGCAGGGUGUUCACCUGAUUGGGCCAGGGGAGUUAGAGCAGACCAGUCCUGACGAGGUGAAAGCAAUCUGGUCUCUCAUCUAUCACGCCGGCAUGAAAGAAUCAAAUCUCGAACACAACACGGGUGGGGGAUACUAUUAUGAAACUUGGCGGCGGAAAGGCAAUGACUGGUUCAUACAAGAUUUGAUGCUUGAAAGGACAUACUUCCAAAUUGUUGGGUAA